UAUUUGCUAUACACAGGAAAUAUGUAGAUGCAUGGGAAAAAAACACGUGUUAUUAACGAGUGUCCUUUAUUGCAGUGUUAAAGGUUCCCUGACGUCAUUAUUUGUGUCGCAGACGAACUACAGCAAGCUAGCUAACUAAAAAGACAACUUUUGAGAGUACCAAUAUAUGGCAGCCUGUUAAUGGGGGGGGGGGCGUUAUUGCUACGCUUUCGUUACAACUUACAGCUAGCAUCGUUAGCCUGCGUUUAGAGAGUUCAAGGGGGAUCACUAGCCUUACAGAGAUGUCAGCCGCUGCUGUACUGUAGGUAGCUCGCCACGGUACCGUUAGUCUGUUAGGCAACGUUAUCUAAUUACGCUUAAAGCCUGUUAUGGAGAACAACGGUGACCUGGAGCUAAAUUGCCAUGCAACCGGGGACACGCGACUUGAUAAGGCUAUAUGCCAAUGGAUAACGUGGGAUAAGAAUCCACGGACCAGAGCCCAGAUUGAGGCCCUGUUACAAGACGGACAUGUGGAGGAGCUGAGACGUAGGCUGCUCUCCAGGAUGACGUUUGGGACGGCGGGGCUGAGGGCAGCCAUGGGCGCCGGGUUUGCCCUCAUUAAUGACUUGACCAUCAUCCAGUCCACACAGGGUAUGUACAAAUUCCUGGCCAGGUCUUUCCCUGACUUUGGUAGCCGUGGUGUGGUGGUUGGAUUUGAUACACGAGCGCAGGAGGCCAGUGGUUGCAACAGUGAACGCCUUGCCCGGUUGACUGCGGCUGUGAUGCUUUGUAAAGAUAUUCCAGUGUAUCUGUUUUCCACGUAUGUCCCCACUCCUUUUGUGCCGUAUGCUGUGAAGAGGCUAGGAGCAGCAGCUGGUGUGAUGGUCACCGCCUCUCACAACCCUAAAGAAGACAAUGGAUACAAGGUUUACUGGCACAAUGGAGCCCAGAUCUCUUCUCCUAACGACAAGGAGAUCCUGAAGUUCAUUGAAGAGAGCUUAGAGCCGUGGAGUGAGUCCUGGGAUGAGAGUUUGUCCGAUAGCAGUCCACUGAGGAGAGACCCACUGAGGGAGAUAUGCCAUGCAUAUAUGGAGGACCUCAAUUCUGUUUGUUUCCACAGAGAGCUCAACACCAAGUCCCCAUUAAAGUUUGUGCACUCGUCCUUCCACGGAGUAGGACACAACUAUGUCCAGCAGGCUUUCCGGGCAUUUGGCUUCUCCCCUCCAAUUCCUGUACCAGAACAGAAAGAUCCUGACCCGAAUUUCCCCACUGUCAGCUGCCCAAAUCCAGAGGAAGGGGAGUCCGUUUUGGAGCUUUCCCUUCGCCUCGCUGAGAGAGAGAAUGCCAAGAUUGUCUUGGCGACAGAUCCCGAUGCAGAUCGAUUGGCUGUUGCAGAGCACUCCGACCAGUGCGUGUGGAAGGUCUUCACUGGGAAUGAGCUAGCAGCUCUUCUGGGAUGGUGGAUGCUGUUUAACUGGAAGGAGACUCACCCUUGCCAGGCUGAUAUGGGCAGGGUGUACAUGCUGGCUACUACCGUGUCCUCCAAGAUCCUCAAGGCCUUUGCACAAAUAGAGGGCUUCCAUUUUGAAGAAACAUUGCCUGGUUUCAAAUGGAUCGGGAAGAAAAUACACGAGUUGGCAAAAACUGGGAACGAAGUGAUCUUUGCCUUUGAGGAGUCCAUUGGGUUCCUGUGUGGCAGCAUGGUCCCUGAUAAGGAUGGAGUCAGUGCAGCUGUGGUUGUGGCUGAGAUGGCCUCUUAUCUCUACAACAAGAACCAGACCCUACAUCAGCAGCUUCAAAACAUUUUUGAAGUUUAUGGCUAUCACAUUUCCACAACGUCUUAUGUCAUCUGCAAAGAGCCCCUGACCGUCAAAAGAAUUUUCACACGCAUCCGUAACUUUGAGGAUGAGAACACGUACCCCAAAUCCUCGGGUGGACACCGUAUCAUGCAUGUGAGAGAUGUGACCACGGGAUACGAUAGCAGUCAACCAGACAAUCGUUGCGUGCUGCCUGUUACAAAGAGCAGCCAGAUGAUUACCUUCACUCUGCAGAAUGGGAUUGUGGCCACACUUAGGACCAGUGGUACGGAGCCAAAGAUUAAGUUCUACACAGAGUUCUGUGCUCCGCCUGGGAAAAGUGAUAUCUCAAGUCUAGAGGAGGAGCUUAAAAAAGUAACAAAUGCUCUUGUCGAGGAGUUUCUGGAGCCUGAUAAGAACAACUUGAUUCGCCGAUCCACCUAGCUGGGCUUUUUUCUCUUGGUCAAUGAACUAUAUAGAUGCAGUUUGUAUUGUGUUAUACUGCUUGUGUUCUGUUACUGUUUCUCCUAACUGUGAAACCAAUAUUUAUUUCAGUCCAUUGCUGUCAGGGCUUUUUUCAGUUUUAAUUUUCAAUGUGGUUUGUGAGGAUUGAUAAGCAGGAGCAGGUUUUUAAAACAGAAUCUGCAUAUCUGUGUUUUUUUUUUGUUGUCCACUGACAAUUUCCCAUUUUCAUUGGGAACAUGUAGCUUAAGGUUUACGCCAGGACAAUCUGUGGCAUUCCCUGAAAGUAAAAUACGAGGUGUGAUGAGAUGUAGUCUUAACAUCGGAUUGUGAUACAUAUAGCCAUGGUUUAAAAACAGAAUUCAUUUUCUGGCUUCUUCUGCACAUACCGCUGGUUAUGUUGUUCCUGAUGGGUUUGUGUGUAUCAACAGUACCUCUCACAUGUUGCAUGCUGCUUCAAAUAUGUACAGUUGCUAAACUGUACCCAAAGGCCAGGUAUUGUAAGUUAAGACUUUGCACAUGUAUGUAACGCAGAUGGCACUACUGCCUUCCCAUCUAAGGGUUACAGCUUCUUUCAUUUCCUAGUCUUAACACUUAUUGGUAAGCACUAAUGACAAUCCAGAAAGGAAGUAUUGUCCAAUACCCUCUCACUGUAAUAACUAGGCCUGGUGUGAGACACUGUAUUAACUAGGCCAAGUGUGACACAAAAAAUUGCAACCAAUAAACAACAAGUGCCACUGUGUUGUUACUAUUUAGACUUUUGUAAUGGUGAUUGGUGGGGGUAGGCUUGAUUGAUUGGGCCGUUAUAUUGGUUCUUCAAAUUAUUGGAGAUAAUAAUUGCACGAUCCAAAUAAAUGACUAGUUUCCAUUCAUUCUAAAUUUCUUCACCUGAAUGCCAAAGUCUGUUUUUGUGUGGCUAAAUCCAUUUGUGGCUUUCUUGCUAAAUAUGACACUGGUUUACUUCAUGUUCUCCAAACCAACCAGAACUUAAAUUAUGAAAUUUGAGUACAUUAUAUAUUUAUAUAUAUUUUUUUUUUUUUAUGCAUUAGAUUUAGCACAUGCCUCAAUUCAAUACUACCUGUAUGAAAGAAUAUUGUACAUAUUAAAGAUAUCAGAUGGCUCACUAAAAUAAAUUAUUUAAAUGUCAGAAUAUGAAUAAAGAGCAUAUAUUUUCAUUUGUUUCUAGAUGGACAACGUUUGCUGAGAUUACAUUUUGUUGGAGCAAUGUAUUACUUUUCCUUUCAAUGUUUGUACUAUAUCUUUGUUUUUCAAUCCAAAUGUGAACACUCCCCUGCAUUUUCUUGUUACAUGCAUACUUUUUGUUAUUGCAACAAUGAAAGCUGGUUUGUCUCAAA